ACAUGAUUUAGUGUAGUUGUCGUUUUGUGUUGUGAUUCGAGAACCAUUGAACCACGGACGAGUGAAGGAUAGACUAUCCCCUCGAACACCCGGGAAUCGUUAGUUUAGCUUUAACUCUUGAACAACAUACUUCUCACUUCACGUCAGCUAGAAACUUCAGAACGACCCUCAAAAAUUACCCUUGGCUGUUUUUGGACUUUUACGAUCAGAAGCUCGUAAGGAGAAGGUCAUCCCGUGAAGUUUACGGCCAUAACUUGGACGAAACCAGCAUAGGCUCUCUGGAAUGUCGUAUUUGACCCGAUGAGGAGUUGCCAUAGUUAUUUGUAAACCGUCUGCAUCUUACUUUUUAAAAAUCAUAAAUCAAACGAUCUUCCAAAAUAUUUGUUGGAAGCCGCAGAGAAGUUGGACAUUAAAGUUUAAGUGAGCACAAAGAAGCCAGAAGACAAGCAAAUUGAAAGAGUGCAUUGGUGAAUAAAGUUUGUUAAUUCUGCUAAAGGAACAUUAUCUCUAUCAGUUCUUAUUCAUCAUCCGACGUACCUCGGAUAACUUUACAAGUACUCAUUUUAGGAGUUGUGUAUAUCACGUGUUACACCGAAGCGAUUCGACGUCACUCCUCCGAGAUGGUUCGGAUUAUGGACACCGUCAUUCUUUGCGUCUUCGCACUCCUGACCGUGGUCAUCGAUGACGCCAACGCCUACAUGUGGAACUGGAUGUGGAGUGGAACUCAUCCGCAAGGCCGGGCUCCUCCUGAAAUGGUCAACGACGGACCGGUCAAUAAUGGCGAUCUGGAAAGAGAACAUCCCAGAAACAUCCAAGCAAGACUUCUUCUUAAUGAAACAGAGGCUCGGUACUACCAGGAUCUCCCUUGUGAUAGCGAUAAGAUGUGCGGCCGUGGUCGUUUCUGCGACCUCCACUACGGUGGAUGUCAUCGACAUCGACAACCAGGACACCAGUGCAGACGAGACGGACAUUGCCAGAAAGGACAUGACUGCAUGUUCGGAACCUGUCGCGCCACCAUCCCAGAAAGAACACUAGGGGCGCGAUGCAGGAACAACAAGGAUUGUAGCCACAACAUGUGCUGUGCUAAGCAACACGGCGAGUCGGUGUGCAAGCAGAAACUCCCCCUUCAGGCAAAAUGUUUCAUCCCACCGGGAGGAAUAGAAUACGUCAUCGAUACAAUGUGUCCGUGUGAGGAAGGACUCGUAUGCAGCGAAACGGUUGUCAUGGAAAAAAGAGAACAAGAAUUUGUACUUCGCUUUUGGACGGACGAAGGACACAUGCGAUGCCAAGCCCGGUGAGAAUUAUUGGACUUAACACAAACCUGUGCUAUACAUUCUUGCUCAAGAUGUACCGUGUGCUGCCCGUCGUGCUCCCGAUGGCUCCCGAUUACUCUCGAUGGGUGCCGAUGGCUCCCGAUGGCAUCUGAUAGCUCCCGAAAGCUCGUCAUAACGCGUUCGGAGUGUUCACCGAAAACAAGACGCAGUGCGUCAAGACCAAGCCGAAGCAACUAUUAGAAGACGCCAUCUGUCGACGAGAUCCAGCAUAGUUAUUCUCCAAUUCUUAAUGUGAUUAAGAUGUGUAUAUAUACAUAUAUUUUUGUUGAUGUAUUGUAUAAACCUUCGAUCUCUAUUUCAAAUAGAAUCGUUGAUAUAUUUAUAUCCUGUGACACAAAAUUACUGCAUUAGAUAAUUUAAGAGGUAUUUUUUAGAUGUUGCUCCUAUUCAAGCACAUCUUCAAUCAAUACCGUUUUGGACUCAUGGUCACAUAUUUUUCAAUACAUUUGUAAAGAUAUUCGACAUGAUAACUGAGUAGUAGGAAGUUAUGUGAACUUUUUCCAUACAUUCGAUGACUAUGAUCCAUGUUGGGCCAUGUAUCUCUUCAGUUACCAAUACUUCUGAGAGACAAAUUUCAAUUCAAACUUUCAGGCACGAUUCGAAUGAUCUCGUGAUUUAUCGCCAAGCCUGGUAGUGGCAUUAUAUUUGGACAGUGGUAAAGCAUUAUCCAUGCAUUUAGGGGGCACUAUCGACAUUACGGGAGGGGGGGGGGGUACUUUAUCUUAUUAAGGGGAUGAAGUUAAAUCUUACGUGAGGUCACCGAAUAGAAGAUGGCGGUCCGUGAUCGUCCUGUUUUCACGCUGCCCCUUCUCUCUCCCUUCCUCCCUCCCCACUCUUUCUCUCAGUUUCCCUCUCUCCAUCUAUGUCUCUUUCUGUCUGUCUGUCUGUCUGUCUCUCUCUCUCUCUCUCUUUCUCUCUGUUUAUUUCAUCUUUAUUUUUUUGCUAUGCAAUAGGGGAGAGAGCAUUGACUUUGGGCGCCUCAUACUAUUUUGGCAAGUGUUACAUUCGAAUUUCAUUCACCUGUUUUGAAACAAAAAGUCAUGUUUGUCUCCAGAUUCAAUGUUUUUAAACUUUGGUAUGUACUAAGGUUUGAGAUCUGUACUGAGGAACUGCUCAUAAAUCAUGGGAAAAUGAAAGCAUUAAACGAGCUUCUUCAUAGCCGUCUCAUUGAGUGUAAUAUAUCAUAUGACUGUGAUGACUAAUAUAUUUUUUGAUCAUGCUGUCAACAAAAAUGAUGGAAUGAUAUGUGGAGUGUUAUAUAUUGUGAUGUAAUAAAACAGAUAUGUAAAUUAA